AUGCGUUUACUUUUUAUUUGUUUUCUGCAUCUUCUGAUUUCAAUAACGGAUUCAUGCAAAUUCAAUGUGCAAGUAAGAUCUGAAACGGAUAGAGAUGUUUGGGGUCAGUUCACAUUCCACAACAAAACUGAAUCGGAGGUUUUCCAAUUCACAAAGUAUGGACAGACAAAAAACCUCACUAUUACUGGAGCCUUAUGUAAUUUGGCACCGACUGUUUUGAAAUCUUGGGAAACGUUUCCAAAGAAAGGAGUAAAACCAGUGGGUCAAACAUCUGCUCAUCUGGAAGGAAUAGGAGGUACAAUGUACUAUAAAAUAUUUCCAAAGGAUGGUCCAGCUGCAGUCAGAGCCCAAGGGAUGCUUUGUUCCUGGGGCCAAUGUCGUCUUGGAAAAUGA